AUGCACCACGUGCUGUUCGCGCUGCUCAGAUGCGGCACGCGGAAGCUCCUGACGCGCGGCCCCACGGCGCCGGUGGCCCUCUCCCCUGGCUGGACCCACCUCCCUGCGCCGCGAUCCGACGCCCGGGUGCUGGCUAGCGCUCUCGAAAGUCCCAUGCCACCUCUGGCUUUCAUGUUCAGUUCGGGCGUCCGCGGAGUGGCGAGCAGCUGCCGCGACCCGCACAGGCUGAGGGUACGCAUCCGUAGGAGGCAAUUGGUGUCGGAGGCGCCGGGAGGCGCCUGCGGGGCUACCGGAGGGAGUUUCUGGCGGUGGCAUGCGCUUGCCGUGCGGCGCAAUGACUGUCACGGGAGUCGGACGAGGCGAUGGAAGCCCAGGGACACCCUGUCGUCCAGUGCGAGCGCCAGUGCUGCAGGCGUUCCUCUGACUGCCGACGACAACAAUGGUGCCACCACUUCACCUCGCUACAUGUUGAGGGAUGAAAGAGACCAGGAGUUCUUAAAGCGGGAAUUGCACACUAUUAAUGUAGCUGUUGGUGUGAAUUUCGCAAUCUUCCUCUUCAAGCUGGGUGCAUCUGCUGCUUCAGGAAGCAGUUCCAUGCUGGCAGAAGCAGUCCAUUCCCUUGCUGACGUUGGAAAUCAGGUCCUUCUUCGGACAGGGGUACUUCAGGGACUCAAGGGACCCACACCAGACUACCCGUAUGGCUACAGCCGUGACAAGUUUGUGUGGUCGCUGAUAUCUGCGGUGGGCAUCUUCUUUGCUGGGGCAGGCGUGUCGCUGGUGCAUGGCCUGCAGGGACUCUUCAUGACCCGGCAGCUGGACAACCUGUCUGUUGUGUACUGGGUCCUGGGUGGGUCGUUUGUGCUGGAAGGCUACUCCUUCCUUGUGGCUUUACGGGCCGUGACACAAGGAGCUGCGCAGAGGGGCAUGCGCGUUCUGGACUACGUGUUGUUGGGCAGAGACCCCACGCCAAUCGCAGUCCUGCUGGAGGACAGCGGAGCUGUGGUGGGAUUGAUGGUGGCAGGGCUCUGCACUGCCUUGUCAAGCUACACAGGCAGCACAAUGUGGGACUCGCUGGGAUCAAUCUUUGUUGGUAUACUCAUGGGCGGUGUGGCCACUUUUCUCAUCAGGAUGAACAGGUCAUUUCUCAUUGGUCGCUCCAUGAACAAACGUGAGAUGCAGCUGAUCAUGAGGCAACUGCGAAAUGAUCCAGUUGUAAAGAAUGUGUAUGACUACAAGAGUGAGGAGAUUGGACCUGGGAAGUACCGAUUCAAGGCUGAAAUAGAUUUCAAUGGUGAAGUCGUGGUCGACAACCAUUUGAAGAGGACAGAUCGUGAGGAGGUGUUUAGUCAGUUGCGUGCUGCCACCUGGGCCCAGGACGACCGCGCCCUCGAUUUUGUUGUCAAGCAAUAUGGGAAGGAGUUGGUGAGCGCUGUUGGUGCGGAGGUUGACCGCCUUGAAGCUGACAUCUUGAGAGUCGUCCCCGGUGUGGUGCAUGUUGAUUUGGAGGUGGACAGGGGUAAAGUGGACUUCUUAAGGAAACGCUUCCCCCGUGUGCCCACUGACCCCAAGCAAGCGGCCCGCAAAAUGCCUCCGCACACAGCCGCUGUGAAAGACGGCAGCUAA